AUGGCUACAAACAUCUCAAGAAUACGGGGUUACUACUACGACAAAAGGAGAAAGAGGUAUUUUAGAAUUAUUGAAACAAACGAUACCGACAGUUGUAAUGAUCAAUAUUCUCGCAAUACUCUUCGGGAGAAACAAAAAGUAAGCAUCAAGGAGAAGCAUGCGGAAAUGAAGAAAAAUGCCAUAUACAGAAGUAAUCAAAUUGCUGAGGCAAAAAGAAAGCAGGUACUGUCCAUGAAACGGGAGAUUAUUAUCACAGAUGUGAAUGGCUUGUGUAGAUAUCUUUUGAUGGAUCCACGUGCACCUUCAAGAGAAGACAUAUCAACAUUUAUGAAAUAUAAGGAUUUCGCAGGAUUUGCUCCGUCCAGUUAUUUACUAGCAUUCCAGCAGAAGAUAUUUCUUCAAAAGAUGCACUCACAUUACUUGACCUUACCAAUUCGAGGUACCCAGAAAUUAAUGGGAUUUUACAUGACUAAUAAUUGUCUCUUUAGUCUUAGUGAUGCGCUUCCAGACUUAUUUUUUGAGAAAUUAAAUACCCCCUUAACCACUCAGAUACGACACAAAUUAAUUGAUAGCAGGAGAUGUGCUGUCCAGAAUGUUAAUAUAGGAACUAUUAGAGGAGAUCAUCACAAUGAAUUAGGGUGUAUUCGUCCGAGCUUAAUUGAAAAUAACCUUCAAUUUCUUGAGGUAGAAUUGGAACAUAUAAAUGACUCAAUUUCCUUGCUACAAACUCUUGGAUUAAAUAUAAUUAGAAUUAUAUUUGAUAGGAUACGAGGCCCGUUAGUCGUUUACCAUAAACUGGCCACAAAAGAUUAUUAUGCUGCCCAUAUACCUAAUUUUGAUAUACCAAAGACAGAAAGCUUAGUCCUUUUUCAAGAAAGCUUCAACAGGAUUUUUCCCUUUUAUUUUGAAGGAGAAAGUUUGAUUGCAUACAGUACUGAAAGAAAUGGCACAUAUUUCUUACAGCUUAGAGGCGAUACAGAUGACUUCAGACACAUAUUAAUAGAAAUUGAUUCAUCACCAGUUGCGUUGUGUCAAUCCAAAGAUUAUACAUAUGUCGCAUUUCAAGAUGGAAGGGUUAAUAUUUAUAGAACGGAGGGUAUUGUAAAAAACUACGUGUUUACUCUUUGCACCAUCGGGACAAAUACGGUGAUUUGCCAGAUGGAAAUUAUUUCAAAUGCAGGAAAUUCCUAUUUGUUGGUGAGUGGGCUCAACUCUUUUCUAACAUUGUAUAAAAUCGACGUUUCUCAAAGAUCUGUUUCCGUUACGAAAUUUAUUACUUAUUCCGGGUACUCAAACACUUUCGAUUAUUCUAGGAACUUUAAAAUGAUAGAGGAUUCACCAUUUUUUAUCAUAAGUUCAAGACCCUCAACUGCGGAAAAGCCGAUUCUACUUCUUUAUUAUUUGUUCCUUGGUCAACCUCUUCAUUGGAUAAAUCCGAGUAUUAACAAACCCGAAUGCAUGAAUAUAAGUAUGAACUUGAGUUUUGACUUUAUUCAAGGAAAUCUUUUCGUUUUAAAUUCUGAAGAACACGCUUUGCAAAUUUAUGGAUAG